AUGAAGUGUAUCAAUGAAACCGUGACCAUAGGGCACGGAAACGAAUAUGAGGUACUGAUGACUAUCUCAAAUAGGCCAUGGACUAUUUAUGUCAAUCGUUCAGGGAAUAAAACCAUGGGUAGCUACGUGUUCAGUAUAAACGAUCCAUCGGGAGAUGGUGUUUUUUCUACAACGUUGUAUAGUGGAGGUGACGAAGACAUGGUAAGGUCUAUUUGCCAAAUCUUGGUGAAGAAGUUUAAACAUCCCGUCUACUUGAAUAUUAGCGGAUCCGUAAAUAGUACAGAGAAUCUCGAUUUUAUCAGGACGUUGAGUAAUAUGAUACGAAGUAUAUAA